AUGUUUGACUCCGACUCAGACAUUUUGAAUGCAAUUGAAGGAAUUGCAAGUGUCAAGUUCGAAUGGUACCAACCUAACCCUCAAGCAGUCAGACAACAUGCUGGAUACUUCCCCUUCAUAAAUAAGUCUGACAUUGACUUGACAAGGUAUGGAAUUUACAAUUCAAUUGAAACAAUUGUCAAUGAACCUUGCAUUCUUACAUGUCUCAGGAACUCUGGUCUUGUUACAGAUGAGAAGAUGAAGUAUCUUGAGUCAUGUGUGAAGACAAGGUACAUUCUCAGAGGUCAAUUGGCAAAAAUUGCACCGUUGGCAAAUGUCAAUAUCCGAGUCAACAUACCUACAGCUAAAGGUUCUUCACAUGACGACUAUGUUGUUGAGUUCAAUUUACCAUGGUUGAAGAUUGCAAUUGUCCACAACCACUUCAUGUUGAACGAAAGUCUUACAAACCCAUUGUUCGGAAAAGGCAAGUGCAACAUUGUCAGAGCUGUAAACAUUCUUUUCGAGAAAGGUUUGUUGGAACCAAUUCCAGAUGACAAGCUGACAGAAACUUUUGUACCAAAAGACGAAACAAACUUUUCAUUGUUAGCAAGACCAAAAGUUGUUCCAGACAAAGUUCUAGUACAAAAGAAGUACACAAUUCCACAAGGAGUUGGAUUGUUCGGAUACCAACCUGAACCACAAGAACUUCCAAUGAGGUUGCAAGAACUUCAAGAUGCUAUAAACAAACUUCCAUUGAGACAUCCAAUUGACGUCAAAUUGUAUUGGAGAGCAUCGGAGUUAGGUCAGAAGGUUUUAUAUGAAACAGGUUGCUUCGACGAUGUUUAUGAGAUAACAGGAGAAGUUUCUCAGAAGAUAAGAGACUCACUUGAAUUUCCACAAACUGGACCAAUUGGUUGCGACAAGUUCGACUCAGAUGAAAAGAUAUACUAUGUCGACCUUAACGCUGCAUACAUGAGGUUUGUCCAAUAUAUUCCGACUGGAAUUCCAAACGAAGAUGGUGAGUUCCCGGGAAGGAACUAUACAGUUGGAAAAGUCAUACAACAACU